ACGUUUUCGCAUUGGAAAUGGUACUGAUGCUUCAAUAUCAAACGAAGAUGACGCUUUUUGUGCGAUUGAAUAGCUGAGAAACAAAAGGCAGUAGUUUGAAUUGAAAGGAAUGCGUAUGCAGCACAGUGCGGUGAUCUGCCGGAAUUUGUGAAGGGUUCAUCAUGAGCCAAGUGGACGAUCUCGUUGAAAGGUUCGCGCAGCAGCAUAUCAGAGUUAACAGAAAUUGGCUGCAAGCUUGUGCCCGGCAUGUUCAGGAGGAAAGCGCUGCUUCUGAGCAAAGAACGACAUUUGGCGGCGACGUGUACAAGCAAGUCUACUACCAACUGCUCCUGACAAAUCUCUGGGAAUUGGGAAUGACUUGCCUGCCAGAGAGUGCGGUCACCGCUCACAAGCUUAUGCUCAAGGGUUCAUUUUUUCUCCAAGUGGACAGUGUGCAUGACGUCAGUCAGCCGGCGUACUCUCAGCUGCUGAAAAUCACAAACACCGAGAAUCCAAACACCGUCGUCCAGGCGGAUCCGGUCGAGAAGCCAUCUCCGUGGCAGGCGCAGCCGAAGAGGAUGCUCAAGCUUGAACUCACUGACGGCACUCGGCGGAUCCAGGCCAUCGAGUUCGAACCGAUAAGAUCCAUGAGCGUCGACAUGCGGCCUGGCAUCAAAGUUCUCAUCACGGGUCCCGUCGAAUGCCGACGAGGCGUGAUGUUCCUACGUGCAGACAACGUGCGUGUCCUCGGCGGCAUGGUCGAAUCUCUCUUGGAAGGCAACUGUCGAGAGGCGCUGCUCUGCCGAGUGCUGGGUCGCGAUCCUGCUCAAGUACUGGGCAACGCACCGCGCCAAUUGACCGCCAACCGCCCAGAAAGGGACAGCGAGGACACGAAUAAUCGCCAGAAUAGUAGUGAUCGAACGUCUGAUCAUCCGGUGCGAGUCCCUGCAGCUAGCGGAUCUCCGCGAAUCGGCACUGAUUUCCACAAUGACAGCAGAGCGACGACCAUUCCAUUGGCGAACAGCAACUCGACAACAGUGCGAAUGACCUCAUCAGUGUUAGACGUAGACAAUGUGUGGGAUAGAGCUGAUGGGACGGACAUGGAUCCUGAUGACGUGUUGAUGAGCCAGAUUGACUUGGGCAAGCUAGAACCGGAAGCUGGAAUGCACGACUUCACUGACGACGAUGUUGACGAAGACCUCCUUCGGGAGCAGCUUGAAUUCCAAGCACAGGCUGCAGGUGAUGGAAUAUUGCAGGAUACUGCCAGAACUGAUGAGCACAAUGCUGGUGAGCCACGUCCUCGCAGAGCAAGCACAAAUGAUAGGCCACUAAAUGAGGAGCCCCAGCGACAGAAUGUUGACACACAGUCAUCACCCUCACUUCCAUACACACAGCUUAGCUCUGUGUUGAAAGGUGGCAAGCAUCCUGACAGCUCCGAGGUUGUGAUUAUCAAAGGCUACAUUUCCACACCAACAAGCAAACUGAAGGUAGGUCCAGAAGAAACGUGGCAGCUUUCAGCCAUUGUCACUGAUGAUACUGCUUCGUUGGAGGUGGAUAUCGAAAAUUCCUUGUUGGCAAAUUGGAUGGGCUUGACUGCAACUGAUGCAAAAAAGAAGCGUAAGUUGUCUUCAAAAUUCAAGGAGUUCUUUGCAGAGAAGGUAGCACAAUGUCAAGAGAAAAUGAGGUCUUUAAAUGGGCUGCUAACAAUCAGUUUCUCUGGCAGUGAUGCAACGCUGCCUGUGCUACUAGACUACGACGAAUGGAAACAAGACUGAAGCGUUUGCUUUUCAUUUGCCAUCUGUGAUGGCACACAUGCUCUUGAUUGCUGCCAUAUUUUGUGCUUGUUAUAAUACCUCUAUUAGCAGGACACCUAAGCACCGAACCAUAUUUUUCUGCAUAUAUCAUGUACACUGUGUUAAAAUGGCAAACUGGAUGGGUCCACAGGUUAUCUUUUAAGUAGCAUGUGAGGCAAAGAAGUGUUGCUCACAACAGAAUGCGUCAUUGUGCCUGAUAAGUAUGUAUAAUGAAAAAGAAAGACUCAUGGUGCCUGCCAGAUAACAUGAUAGCACAAGCCUUACAGAUACGGACAACAAGUGCUCGAGUGCUAGUACAAUGUGUAAGUGGUAUGUGUACGUGUACAUGUGUAUGUAUAUGUGCAUGUGUGUAUAUGUGUAUAUGGUUCUACAAUGAAUGACGAAAAAUUUCUACGAAACAGUGCACAUACUCUCCCACAAGCCAUCGUUAACCGGUGUGAGCAACUGGUGCAACUCGUGUAUUGACCUGAUGCCUGUGCCUAGUGAACUUUUUGAAACCUGUUGCUCAUUGUUGCCGUUUCGUAUGUUCACUAAAGCACAAAGGCAUUCUGAAUUUUGGUUCAUCCUAUUGCAUUUAAGUUCAACAUGUAUGGUUUAAUUUUUUACAAAAUGCACACACUUCAGUGACCAAGAUAACUUUCAUGCAUGCACUCUAGUCUUGUAUCAUUCUUCUUUUGUGUGCGUGUUCAUAAAGUGCCUUGGUAUCUAUGUCUAAACAAUGCUAAUUCUUCGUGGACAGUUAUUGUGGAUGUGUGUCGCCAUAUUGACCCAACUUUUAACUGUGAAGCUUUUCCAUAUGAGCCAGAGGUACUUAGAUGGUAGUUAUCUAUGUGAUCCAUCUAUCCACUCAUCCAUCUGUCUAUCUAGCUGGCCAAACCAAUAUUGUUUGGCCAGCUGUUGGCUAGCGUUAUGUAAUGGUGCCUAGUGUUGGCUAACUGUUUACUAGAAUUGGCUAAUGUUGGCUGUCUGACUAGUGCUAACUAAUGUUGUCUAUGGGUGCCUUUUAAAGUGGUCACGGCGCUGGAAGACACGGACAACAGAGACAAACCGCCUGUCUCUUCCAGUGCUAUGUUAUGACCCAUUCAAAUGUAUGUGACCGACGAGCCCAAAAAUCUGUACCUUUAGAGGUGUCUAAGUGUCUGCCACUGUAUGCUAAGUUUUGCAAGUGGUGGCUAAUUAUGUCUAGCUCUGGAUAAUGAAGACUAACUGCCAGCUAGCUUUGGCUAGUGUUGACUAUCAAUAGCUACUGCUGGUUGAGUAGCCUAGCAUUGGAUAGCAUUGCCUAACUGUCAGUCUUGUCUAGCUCUCUUAAUGUUGGCUAGCACAGGCUAAUGUUGGUUAACUGUCAGCUGGUACCAGCCAAUGUUGGACACAGUCAUGUAGUGUUCAUUAUGUGCUCUCUUAAUGAAGUAAAUAUUACAUAUGGACUGCUAGGACUGCCGCUUAUAGUCUAGCAUUGCUUGACUAUGCAGGAAUACGCCAGCACACGUCGUUUAUGAUAUGCACAUCAGUGCACCAGAGCAUGCAUCUCUCCUCGAUGAAACUGCCAUUUGCGCUAGAAUGUGAGUGCUGAUGUUAUUUCUGGCCAUGAACUCGCCUCGUAACACUUGGCUUAAACUCAAGUAGUGUGUCAGCUCCUGGGUGACUGCUUCACACAAUGUCAAUUCCCACAGUGCGUGGGAUCUGCUGGAUUUUUUUUUUCAUUUGUUAUCUACUCUGGCUGUGUGCCCCUCCUGUUGUUUUUGACUGCAUGAAAGAACUUGUUUUGAAAUGUUACUUGACACUACGUUGUUAAGAAUGAUUUAAUGAGAGUUCAAAGUGGCUUAUUUAUUGCGCUUCAUAGCAGAAGCUGGAUAUCAUUAGAGUGGUCAUGAAUCAUCCCGUAGGUUUGGUGAUUAAACACAUCUUGCGGAAACAUACACUGCUAUGAAUAGCUCAGCCAAACCUUGCAGGUCGUGCGCGGCAAGGAAAGUUUAGAAGCGGAUCGCGAAGUUGGCAUUCCUCAGGCACCUUCUUAUCAUACAGAGUGUGCUCACUCUCUCCUAGGAGCUGCUGGCACCUGCUUUUUGACGUCAC